AGGAACGGGAGCAGGGCCAUGCCCAAGCCGCCCCCAAGAGCCCUCUGAGCCUGUGCCCCAGCCACAGCCCUUCCGGUGACCCCCCAGGAGCCGGACGCCAACCCCACCAUGGGCAGCAAGGAACGCUUCCACUGGCAAAGCCACAACGUGAAGCAAAGCGGCGUGGACGACAUGGUGCUGCUGCCCCAGAUCACCGAGGACGCCAUCGUGGGCAACCUGCGCAAGCGCUUCAUGGAUGACUACAUCUUCACCUACAUCGGCCCGGUGCUCAUCUCCGUAAAUCCCUUCAAGCAGAUGCCCUACUUCACUGACCGUGAGAUCGAUCUCUACCAGGGCGCGGCCCAGUACGAGAACCCCCCGCACAUCUACGCCCUCACAGACAACAUGUACCGCAACAUGCUCAUCGACUGUGAGAACCAGUGCGUCAUCAUCAGUGGAGAGAGUGGAGCUGGGAAGACAGUGGCCGCAAAAUACAUCAUGGGCUACAUCUCCAAGGUGUCUGGCGGGGGAGAGAAGGUCCAGCACGUCAAGGACAUCAUCCUGCAAUCCAACCCGCUGCUGGAGGCCUUCGGCAAUGCCAAAACCGUGCGCAACAACAAUUCCAGCCGAUUUGGCAAGUACUUUGAGAUCCAGUUUAGCCGUGGCGGGGAGCCAGAUGGGGGCAAGAUCUCCAACUUCUUGCUAGAGAAGUCCCGUGUGGUCAUGCAGAAUGAAAAUGAGAGGAACUUUCACAUCUACUACCAGCUGCUGGAAGGGGCCUCGCAGGAGCAGCGCCAGAACCUGGGGCUCAUGACGCCCGACUACUAUUACUACCUCAACCAGUCAGACACCUACAAGGUGGAUGGCACUGAUGACAGGAGCGACUUCAGUGAGACCCUGAGUGCCAUGCAAGUCAUUGGGAUCCCACCCAGCGUCCAGCAGCUGGUUCUGCAGCUGGUGGCAGGGAUCCUACACCUAGGGAACAUCAGUUUCUGUGAAGAGGGGAAUUACGCCCGGGUGGAGAGUGCAGACCUCCUGGCCUUUCCUGCCUACCUGCUGGGCAUUGACAGCGGGAGGCUGCAGGAGAAGCUGACCAGCCGCAAGAUGGACAGCCGCUGGGGCGGACGCAGUGAGUCCAUUAACGUGACCCUCAACGUGGAGCAGGCAGCCUACACCCGUGACGCCCUGGCCAAGGGACUCUAUGCUCGCCUCUUCGACUUCCUGGUGGAGGCCAUCAACCGCGCGAUGCAGAAGCCCCAGGAGGAGUACAGUAUCGGUGUCCUUGACAUCUACGGCUUCGAGAUUUUCCAGAAAAAUGGUUUUGAGCAGUUCUGCAUCAACUUCGUCAAUGAAAAGCUGCAACAAAUCUUCAUCGAGCUCACCCUGAAGGCUGAGCAGGAGGAGUAUGUGCAGGAGGGCAUCCGCUGGACCCCCAUCGAGUACUUCAACAACAAAGUCGUCUGUGACCUCAUUGAAAACAAGCUGAGCCCCCCGGGCAUCAUGAGCGUGCUGGACGACGUGUGCGCCACUAUGCACGCCACAGGCGGAGGCGCCGACCAGACGCUGCUGCAGAAGCUGCAGGCGGCCGUGGGGACCCACGAGCACUUCAACAGCUGGAGCGCGGGCUUYGUCAUCCACCACUACGCUGGCAAAGUCUCCUAUAACGUCAGCGGCUUCUGCGAGAGGAACCGGGAUGUCCUCUUCUCUGACCUUAUAGAGCUGAUGCAGACCAGCGAGCGGGACUUCCUCCGGAUGCUCUUUCCUGAGAAGCUGGAUGUGGACAAGAAGGGCCGUCCRAGCACUGCUGGCUCCAAGAUCAAGAAACAAGCCAACGACCUGGUGGCCACACUGAAGAGGUGCACCCCCCACUACAUCCGCUGCAUCAAACCCAACGAGACCAAGAGGCCCCGAGACUGGGAAGAGAGCAGGGUCAAGCACCAGGUGGAGUACCUGGGCCUGCGGGAGAACAUCCGGGUGCGCAGGGCYGGCUUCGCCUACCGCCGCCAGUUCUCCAAGUUCCUGCAGAGGUACGCCAUCCUGACCCCUGAGACCUGGCCACGGUGGCGUGGGGACGAACGUCAGGGUGUCCAGCAUCUGCUUAGGGCGGUCAACAUGGAGCCGGACCAGUACCAGAUGGGGAGCACCAAGGUCUUCGUCAAGAACCCAGAGUCGCUUUUCCUCCUGGAGGAGAUGCGAGAGCGGAAGUUCGACGGCUUUGCCCGCACCAUUCAGAAGGCCUGGAGGCGCCAUGUGGCGGUACGGAAAUACCAGGAGAUGCGGGAGGAAGCUUCCAACAUCCUGCUYAACAAGAAGGAACGGAGGAGGAACAGCAUUAAUCGGAACUUCGUGGGGGACUACCUGGGGCUGGAGGAACGGCCAGAGCUACGUCAGUUCCUGGGCAAGAGGGAGCGUGUGGACUUUGCAGACUCGGUCACCAAGUAUGACCGGCGCUUCAAGCCCAUCAAGCGGGACUUGAUCCUGACCCCUAAGUGUGUGUAUGUGAUUGGGCGAGAGAAGGUGAAGAAAGGACCAGAGAAGGGCCAAGUGCGUGAGGUCCUGAAGAAGAAGCUGGAGAUUCAGGCCCUGCGGGGAGUCUCCCUCAGCACGCGACAGGACGACUUCUUCAUCCUCCAAGAGGACGCGGCUGACAGCUUCCUGGAGAGCGUCUUCAAGACCGAGUUCGUCAGCCUUCUGUGCAAGCGCUUCGAGGAGGCGGCACGGAGGCCCCUGCCCCUUACCUUCAGCGACACACUACAGUUCCGGGUGAAGAAGGAGGGCUGGGGCGGAGGCAGCACUCGCAGCGUCACCUUUUCCCGCGGCUCAGGAGACAUAGCGGUACUCAAGGCUGGAGGCAAAACCCUCACGGUCAGCGUAGGUGACGGACUGCCCAAGAGCUCCAAGCCUACGCGGAAGGGCAUGGCCCAGGGAAGACCCCGAAGGUCAGCCCCAGCCCCUACCCGGGCGGCCCCUGGCCCCCCCAGAGGCCUGGACCGAAAUGGUGUGCCUCCUUCUGCCAGAGGGGGGCCCCUGCCCCUGGAAAUCACUUCUGGAGGGGGUUCCCAGCGGCCUCCCCGGGGUCCUCCAUCCUCAACCCUGGGGUCCAGCAGACGUCCCCGGGCACGGCCACCCUCAGAGCACAACACAGAAUUCCUCAAUGUGCCUGACCAGGGUGUGGCAGGCAUGCAGAGGAAGCGCAGCGUGGGGCAGAGACCUGUGCCUGGUGUGGGCCGACCCAAGCCCCAACCACGUGUACAUGGCCCAAGGUGCCGGGCACUAUACCAGUACAUAGGCCAAGAUGUCGAUGAGUUGAGCUUCAAUGUGAAUGAGGUCAUCGAGAUCCUCAUGGAAGAUUCUUCAGGUUGGUGGAAGGGCCGCCUACAUGGCCAGGAGGGUCUUUUCCCCGGAAACUACGUGGAGAAGAUCUGAGCCGGGAGCCUGGGAUUGUGUCCUCCACCUGCUCGUCUGUCUGUCAGGAUCCAGGCUGUGCCUGCAGAGUCUGGAUUACUUUGGCUGCAUUGGCCAGAAAGUCCAGUUCCGUGGCCUCCAUCCCAGCCCAGACUGUGGGUCUGAGGAGUCACUGCUGCAGCAACCCUCCUAGGCUCUGGCCUCCUUCCUGUCACACCUGCUGCYGAAGUCUGUAUUUCUUCUUGUAUCAAACAGGGCUAACAGCAGAACCUACCUCCCAGCUGCCUUAUGUUUAUGAAAUGAAUGUCCUAGGCUGUUGACCAAGUGCCGGGCAUAGUCCAGGGUGAAGGGGCCUUGACAAGUGGGACUUCCCCCUUCUCUCAUCAUAGGCAAUAAAUAUGU